AUGGCUGACUCAAUCGUGCUGGACCUGACGGCUACGAGUAAUCCGUACUUGGACUACUACCACAAGUUUGUGCGGGAACAUCCGGGAGAACUUACGGCAGUGUUUGAUCCGGAGCUCAGUGAUGAAGCGCGCUCCGAGAUGUACGCGGCGCUCGACGUGCGCGUUGCAAUGAGGUAUUCGUGGGCAAUUCCUGACGAGCGUGCGCUUCAAAUUAUUAAACAUUAUGGACCGAUUGUGGAGAUGGGAGCUGGCAGCGGAUAUUGGGCACGACUGCUGCAGGAUCGUGGGGUAGAUGUUGUUGCCUAUGAUUUGCAUGUUGAUGGUGACGAAGAGGAAGAAAGCAAGGAGAGUGAGAAGGACGGUGGCAAGACUGCUGCGACGAGUGGCGAAGAGAGCCACGGUGAAGCUGAAGAAACGAUGGAAAGUGAUGACGGUGAACAAGCGGAGGACGAGGAGCAAAGUGGUGAUGAGGAAGAAAGAGGAGGAGAUCAAGAGGACGAGGAUGAAGACGAAGAAGUCGAAGUCGAACAAGUGUACUGGACAAAAGUGGUCAGCGGGACGCCGAAGGAUUUACGGAAGCAUACAGACCGUACGCUGUUCUUGUGCUACCCCGAUGACUUUGAGGACAGCAGUGAGUCCGUGGCGAUGGCGAGUCUCUGUAAUUACGCAGGUGAUACAGUGAUCCACGUUGGGGAGCUAUUUGGUCAUACUGUGUGCCUUCCAAACGCAUGGGGCAGGACGUCGUCAGAGGAGUUUCAGACCCAUUUGGCGACUGUGUAUCACAAAGUGCUGCAAGUGCCGCUGCCGUCAUGGCACUCCAGUAUCGACACUCUCACCGUGUGGAAGCGAACCAAGUCGUCUAUUGUGGAGGGCGCAGUGUACGCGUACAUCCCCGACAAUCAGCGUAUUGACCUGACUGCUGCGUCCCCAUCUACGCGUCAUUUGCUGCUCUUUGGCGACGCCAGCACUGAUGCAAACGCAACGACUAUAGCUCCCAAGAAAUGCACAGGUGAAUAUAUAGCAGAAUCUCCUGGGAAUGGUGGCGAGAGUCAUCAGAGCGACAGUGACGAUAGCUCGAUAGCACGUGGAAGUACAGCUAAACGGGUGAAGCGCUAG